GGUUUCUCAACUAGGACAUCGAAUCCACAAUGGUAAAAGUAGCGGCCUCAGUGCUUCAGGCGGUAUCGGUCAACCACUUUCGCUCCUACUUAAGCUGAACCAUACCGUUACUGUAAACACUCCCAGUGUUGCAGCAGAUUUGGGUCAUAUUAAUACACCAGCGGUGGUUAAUGGCUAUUUGCCAGAUAAUAAUGGUCUAGUGACUGGGUCUCAUAUUAUUGUGAUUCCUGCCGGGCUUCCUAGAAAGCCUGGUAUGACAAGGGAUGAUUUAUUCAAAAUAUGA